AUGAACAAUUUUGCAUCUGGUGCCAUCCCAAACACAAGAGUGACGAUGAGGCCCAAUCUUACUGCUGGACUGUUCCUGAACGGUCGAUCCUCAACAUACGGACGAGGGGCUGGUAUUAUUCUCAACGAUAUAACGUUUAUUGAAACAUGCGGUGAGAAAGGAAAAGCGGACGAGAUUCCCCAGCAUAGUACAAGUGAGAACUCUAACGGCCAAGAUGAUGUUUCAAAUAGCAGCCAUACCUCACGGAGCGCCACGGAACUUCACAGAACCACAACAAAUGAUGAAGAGGGAGAAGUACAAAGCCUUGCGGAUGAUUUUUCUCCGGGAAAUCAUCAAAACAAACAAAAGGACGGGUUUGAGGCCCAUAGUGGCUCUUUACUGUCGACAGAAACCACUCAAGCAUCUGACUGCGAGACCCCUGAAGCGAUGCUCAAGAGGCUUAUUGAGACAGGCAUCUUUGAUGGCACAGGUAUUCUUGAAACAACUUCUCAUAGGACUUUGGAGCCAAAUAUUGAGCAUCACGAUUGCCUUGGCAUGAAUGGAAAAAAACAAUCAAGCAAGAACCCGACGUAUCAGGAUAAAAGGGUAAUGGCCGACGGCAGCGGGCAUUCAACUCUCGGACCAAGCAUACAAGCUGCCACAAAGAAUACACAAUUUCAUCUGAAUGGUGGCGCAAAAGAUGCACCAGUGCCUACUAAAGCACCGUGCUCCCGAUACGAACAAGAAUUGCCAGUUCCGAUUUGCAGCACCUCUCCACAAGUUCAACCUCAAGUACUAACAUCGAGAGCUGAAAAUCAUACGCACAGUAUUGCUGAGGAACCACGUAUCAAACAACCCCAAGGUAUGAAGACUAUCUUUACUCCUAAUAGUCGGGGUCGCCCGCUAUCUCGAAUCUCAGAAAGAGGCCAUAGUUAUACCGAGCAAAAUGAUCGGCCAGACCUUAUGUUUCCAAGUCUCAUAGCGGAAGAUUUCAAUGGUGAGCACUCGUGCCACCAAGACUCCACAGGAAAAAACGAAUCUCAGUUGAAGGAUUCGCUCGUUCGCCGAGGACUGCAGUCCCAUGAUAUCAGGAUACCAGUUCCAGGGUUUCCAGGCCUUCAACAAGCACGCCGGCCACUUAACGGGCAUAUAAGUAGUACAGGACUCGAUUCGGCCGUCUUCCCAACGGUACACUCAGAGAUCUACUCGGACCACCAAGACAUACAGCAUGAUAAGAGGCAAAUUACGCAGCCAAACUACUGCGAAGACAGUGAGACAUUUCAAGAAUUCAUUCAACGGAUCGAGGGCGAAGUAAAUAUGAAGUGGGACAACUCGCAGCAGUCUGCUGGUGUUGGCUGCGUCAGCGAUAUAGAGGAAUGUGCCAAAAGUGAGUCGUUCGAAAUGGACAACAGCGAGGAUUUGUCGCAAUGCAGCGAUAUAGAGUAUGACGAGCCAAUCCGGCAGAGCUUACACGGCAUAGUCUCAAGCUUUGAUGAAGAGUCUAUAUCGGCGAACCAGGUCAUGGCAGAAGAUUGGGAACAAACAGGUUAUGAACGAAGUCUAUACUGGGGAGGAAACUAUCACGAUGAGCAUGGGGUAUCUGAUGCGAGAAUGGUUGGUUUCUGGAGGCCUAAUCACUUUUAG